AUGGAUAAUAUCGAAGGAUCCGAAUGGAUGGUGGUGAUAGCGAUGUUGAUACAUCUGCUAAUGGCACCUGGAACUAAGGUUGAAGAAAGUUUCAACGUGCAAGCAACGCAUGAUCUGAUCUACCACACUUAUAACAUAUCAGCGCUGCAUUUCCAGUAUGAUCACAAUGAAUUUCCUGGUGUAGUACCAAGAACUUUUGCUGGGCCCAUAUAUCUGGCACUGUUUGGUCUACCAAUGCGUUUCAUAUUCUUUCUUCUAGACAUUCCGAAGUUCUGGAUGCUUUUUAUCGGUAGGGAAAAAUGUUUACUCUUAAACAGCAGUUUAGCCUAUGUCUGGUUUAGUACGCUUUGUGCUUGGAAUGACAAAUGUGCUUGCGUUCUUAAAUUUCGCCAGGGCAGUUCGAAAACAUUUUGGUGCGGAAACGGCCAUGUUUCUCAGGUAUCCUUAUACAGAGAAAAUUAUUUAUGUCAUCUAUAUCCUGUAGCCUUGUCGCCUUUACCUUUUAUCUUUCCGUCUAGUACAACACAAAAAGGGAAGGAGGUGUUGAAAGCUUCCCUUGAAGUAAAAAGCUACAAAAAUAUUCGAUCGUUGACUUAUUUCAUCUUGUUAAAAGUCACUUAUAAUGUUUUAUGGCACCAGCCGCAGCAUAUAAAGUCCAGUUUGUACAGAGUCCAAUGCAGAUAUGCUUGUAUUGGCGGCCAAAAUUCAAGUCGCCGAACACUUACUGAAAAGGGGGCUAUGCGGAUGAAAAGUUUUAAGAAAAGACUGGGUAGGAUGUGGUUCUUAUCUGCGGCUGUUUUGAAUUUAUCACUCUACACCAUUACGACACAUGAUCUAAUGAGCCAUACUCUCCGCCAGCAAGACCGUAACUGA